AAAUCAUUCAAAGCCAUGGCCACUUCAGAUGCCAUGCCGAGGCGGCCCAGGCGUUUUCAUCGUGUCGUGCCUUGCUUGCUGCUGUGUGCAGCCUCGCUGGGGCAGCUAUUUUUUGAUGUGCUGCACCAGUUGAGCAUCGUGCUGGGUGUGGUCUGGUAUGGGACCAGGGCUGCUCAGGGGCAGGUGGCCCAGAGGUUCAGCGGAACAGGUCAGCCGACUCGAGGGGAGCCGGAUGCAGAUGGCAAGGCGAAAGCAAGGAGGUUGACAUCAGGCAUCAAGAAAGUGCAUUCAGCUGAGAAGCUGAUUGAGGUUUUGGACCGGACGGUGGACGGCCCGAUCCUCAACUUUUCCCAUGCAUCAGCUGCCUACACCCAGCUGGUCACCUUGAAGAGAAGGAAAGGCCUGCAACAAAGGGAGUGGGAUAGCCCAGUGCUUCUCAGGCUGCACGCUCGAGUUGAAGAUAUGGUGCUGGAAGAGCAAGUGGGCGCGCGCGAAACGGCCAAUAUUUUUUGGAGCAUUGCGCAGUUGUCUGGUCGACUUAGCAUUCCGACUCAGCUCCUGGCUGCAUUGGUCAAAUCUGUGCCUACCAAGGUGAAAGGCAUGGAUGAACAAAACCUUUCAAACACUUUGUGGGCCUGCGCCAAGCUCAAGGAGGUUGCGCCCGGGGUUUUGGAGGCAGUGCCGGCCAUCGUGGCUCAGAUCCCCAAAAGAGCAAAGGACAUGGUCCCACAAGCAUUGUCCAACUGCAUUUGGGCAUCUGCGCAGCUCAAGGAUGUUGCGCCUGAUGUUUUGGAGGCGGUGCCAGCCAUCGUCAUGCAGAUCCCCAAGAAAGCAAAGAACAUGAAACCGCAGGAGUUGUCCAACUGCCUUUGGGCAUCUGGGCAGCUCAAGGAUGUUGCGCCCGAAGUUUUGCAGGCGGUGCCGGCCAUUGUCGCCCAGAUCCCCGACAAAGCACCUGACAUGAUCCCGCAAGAACUGUCCAACUGCCUCUUUGCAUGUGCGCAGCUCAAGGAUGAAGCGCCGGAAGUACUGGAGGCGGUGCCGGCCAUUGUCAUGCAAAUACCCAAAAAAGCGCAGAAGAUGGUCCCACAAGACUUGUCUAACAACCUGUUGGCAUGUGCACAGCUCAACGAUGAUGUGCCCGAAGUGUUGGACAUGUUGCCCGCAAUUGUUGGGGAAAUCCCUGCAAAGCUCCAAGGCAUGAAACCCCAGGAAAUGUCCAACAGCUUGGAGGCCCUUGUCCUUCUUCGUGAUUCAGUCCCUGAAGUUGGUGGCGUGGAUGACAUCCUGAGUUCUGCGGCGGAACGUUUGAACACUUUACUUCCAAAUCUCAGAGGAAAGGACUUCAGUUUCACAGUGCCUGUUGUAGUUUGGGCUUGUGCCAAAGCUGAAGUGUACCAUGGCGAGUUGUUGGAUUCGGUGGCCACGCGCCUUGGCUCCCGUACCAAACUGUCAGCCUUGCCGGACUUCGGUGUAUGCGCCUUGUCCUGGUCGUAUCAAGAUUAUCAAGUGCUCGACUCCGACGAUGACUUCGAGGACUUCAAGGCGCUGCUGAUGUCCGAAACGGAGAAGAGAGGAUUUAGUGAGGCAGAUGUUCAAAGCUGCCAGCAUGGGCGAUCAGGAUGGAACUAUCGAUAGCUGCCCGAUAUUCCCAGCAAAUCUCGCACCCUGUGGUUUCAGAUCCUUUUGCAUGAAUUGCCUGUGAUGUCAAUGUAUUUUGCUUGGUUCAUGGUUGAUUUUCUGGAAGUUCAUCACGAUUCUUUGGUUGCCC